CAACCCACAACGACACCCUUUUCUAUAUAAAGUAUAAACACACUCCCAAUCAUUUGACAGCAAGAAGAAGCUGUUAGCUGACGCUAAACACCUUUCAAGACUAAAUCUUUUUUUCCAUUCCACCUUUACCAACCAAAAACUACUAUUCAUAAAAUCAAAGUUUAAAUCGUUCACUGUAAAAUUCUUCUUUCUUUCAUUGUUUGAUGGCAAUGGAGAAAGAAGAACAAACAAUUGCAAAGGAAUCUAAGCCUUGGGCUGAUGAGAAAGGCAUGGUUUUGGAACCUCCUAAAACUGCUCCUACUCCUUCAUGGUUCACACCCAAGAGGUUACUUUUUAUCUUUUGUGUGAUUAACUUGAUAAAUUACUUGGAUCGCGGAGCAAUAGCAAGUAAUGGUGUGAAUGGUAGCGAAAGAACUUGCAACAAAAGUGGUUCAUGCACACCUGGUACCGGAAUACAGGGGCAGUUCAACUUGAGCAAUUUUGAAGAUGGAGUUAUAUCAUCAGCUUUUAUGGUUGGACUUCUUGUGGCUUCUCCCAUAUUUGCAACACUAGCAAAGAGUGUCAAUCCAUUUCGGCUUAUUGGAGUGGGACUUUCAGUUUGGACUAUUGGUGUAAUUGGUUCCGCUGCUUCAUGGAAUUUCUGGUCCAUUACAAUCGCUCGCAUGCUAGUUGGUGUUGGUGAGGCAUCAUUUAUAAGUCUUGCAGCCCCCUUCAUUGAUGAUAAUGCCCCAGCUGCUCAGAAAACGGCGUGGCUUGGAAUAUUUUACAUGUGUAUACCAACUGGAUAUGCAAUUGGCUAUAUUUAUGGAGGAUUGGUCGGAGAUCAUUUCAAUUGGCGUUAUGCCUUCUGGGGAGAGGCAAUUUUGAUGUUUCCUUUUGUUGUUCUAGGCUUUAUUAUGAAGCCUCUUCAGUUGAAAGGCUUUGCUCCAGCUGAAUCUAAAAAAACACUUACACAAGUAGAGACAGCUGCCUCAGAAGAUACAGAGGUUGAAAUUGGCAAUGGUGGAGCAGCAUCUACAAAAGAAGAUUUUGGAGAUAAGUUGUAUAAACCUGCCAAAGUGAAAGGUGCAAUUAAAACUUCAAAUCAAUUUGUAAGAUUUAUGAAAGACAUGAAAGUGCUCAUGCUUGAUAAGGUGUAUGUCACUAAUGUUCUAGGUUACGUAGCAUACAAUUUCGUCAUAGGAGCAUACUCAUAUUGGGGGCCUAAGGCUGGUAAAAAUAUAUAUAACAUGAGCAAUGCAGAUAUGAUAUUUGGAGGGAUUACAGUUGUUUGUGGAAUAUUGGGCACGAUUACUGGAGGCUUUGUUCUUGAUUUUAUGACUAACACCAUUCCAAAUGCUUUUAAGCUUCUUUCAGUGACAACAUUUCUUGGAGCGGCGUUUUGCUUCGGUGCCUUUUGUUUCAAGAGCAUGUAUCUUUUCCUAGCUUUUUUUGCAAUCGGUGAAUUUCUCGUCUUUGCCACUCAGGGACCCGUAAACUUUGUAUGUCUCCAUUGUGUGAAUCCAAGUUUGAGGCCACUGUCAAUGGCUAUGUGUACUGUUGCAACUCACCUCUUUGGAGAUGUUCCAUCCUCACCUCUUGUUGGAGUUCUCCAGGAUCAUAUUCACAACUGGAGGGAGACUGCUCUUAUUCUAACAUCGAUUUUGUUCCCAGCAGCUGGGAUUUGGUUCAUUGGAGUAUUUCUAAACAGCGUGGAUAGAUUUAAUGAAGAACGUGAGCAUGAAGUCAACAGAACACCAUUGCUUGAAAGUAAGACAGCAGAGAGAAAAGAAUCUUCAGCUCAAUCUUAAGCUUUUUCCUUUUUUUUUUCUUUUUCUUUUUUUUUUUUUUUUUUUUUUUUUUCCUUCAGUUAGGAUGGACUUUUGGUUGAUGAUAUCUUUCUUUUAUGUAAAUAAUGUUUUGCAUUUAAUCACAUGCAAGUUGAUUUGCUUAAA